AAAUCUCAAAAGCAUCCGCAAAUACCUGACAUCAAAUGUAGCCUAUGGAUCUACAGGCAUUCGGGAUGUGCACCUUGAACUAAAGGACCUUACCCUGUGUGGACGUAAAGAUGGGUGACCUUCAGCUUUGUAAGCUAGAUGAACUCGAUUGCCUUAUUAAAGGAGUUUUGUACAUUGAUUCAGUGGGAUUCAAUGGACAUUCAGAGUGCUACUAUUUUGAAAACCCGACGGAUGCUGAAAGAUGUCAGAAGCUCCCAUUCAACUUGGAGAAUCCGUAUCCUCUCCUUUUGGUGAACAUUGGCUCAGGGGUCAGCAUUUUGGCUGUGUAUUCAAAAGAAAACUAUAAACGGGUAACGGGCACCAGCCUUGGAGGAGGAACCUUUUUUGGUCUCUGCUGCCUUCUUACCGGUUGCUCCACCUUUGAAGAGGCCCUAGAGAUGGCGUCCCAUGGAGACAGUACCAAAGUGGACAAACUGGUGCGGGACAUUUACGGGGGAGACUAUGAGCGAUUCGGGUUGCCAGGCUGGGCUGUAGCGUCCAGCUUCGGAAACAUGAUGAGCAAGGAGAAGCGGGAAUCUGUCAGCAAAGAGGACCUUGCAAAGGCAACUUUAAUAACCAUCACUAAUAACAUUGGCUCCAUCGCACGGAUGUGUGCACUUAACGAGAACAUUAAUCGAGUGGUGUUUGUUGGCAAUUUCCUUCGGAUCAAUACAAUCUCGAUGAGGCUUCUGGCAUAUGCUUUGGACUACUGGUCGAAGGGACAGUUAAAAGCCCUUUUCUUGGAACAUGAGGGUUAUUUUGGUGCAGUCGGUGCUCUUCUUGAACUCCUGGAUUCAGCCUGACUCCGUGCAGUUCCUGUACGUCGGACCUGCGAAGUUGGGGCACUUCCUGGGUCUCUGUGCCCAUGUUUUGCUUUAAAGCAUCCAUUCACUGUUUGUGGGCGACCUAAUCAGAAGAGAAAAAGAAGAUUCCUUUGAGUGCUGAAUGUCUACCCAGUUCAGAGUUUAUAAAGUUCAGCUGCAGCGUUUUCUGUUCCGCAACCGAAAGGCAUCGCGCUCGCAUUAUGCUUUAAAUUGUCUGUAAAGGGGAAGGAGCGUCGUAGCCCCAGUGUGUAGAAACCACACAGCCCACUUAUGUCUCCUCUGACACGUACAGCGGCCUGGCAGAUACUGUUGUGCUGUCAGUAAGGCUUUAUUCCUGUUGUCUGUGUAUACCAGAGACACGAGGUAAGGCACAAAUCCCGUGUCUGGGGUUGAUUCUGAUGUCAACCUGCAACACUUUGUACAGAUGACGGCAGUGUGUGCCCUUGGGAGCGCCUCAGCCUCUGACCUUGAGCUCUGCUAAAAGCAAAUUUGAGGAUGAAAUAACAUGUUGUUCUUUUCUUUCUCUCUGUUGUAAAACUUGGCUGCAUAUAACUAUACCAAAGAUUAUUUUU